AUGCUCGGAGGUAAUCCUCAGUCUUACUCGCUGUUCAGUGAUUGGCAUUCGCCCGUUGUCCUUGCACAAGAGCCACAGCGAGGUAUCGGUGCUUUGCCUUUGGAUCCUGGCAACCCUGAGCAGCCUGGCUCAUCGCCCCUCAAGAACAGUGGUACCAUCAGUCAUACUGGCAUACUGGCAAACCGCUCUGUCUUCUGA